GCAGCGGCCAUGGAAGAAGAGCCCGAACACUGUUUUGUCGAUAAGCUCCGCGACAUCGGUUCCGCACUUUCUGAAGCCCAGGAUAGUGACAAGACGGAUGCUAUUUUGACAAAUCUCAAGAACUUUGCAGCCGGAGAAAUUGAAAGUACGCCUGAAGCCCGAGUGGCACCGGACUUAAAACAAGGAGGAAAUCUUCAGUCAGAGUCGGUAGUCGAAUUUCCAGCAGAGGGAACGGCCUUGAGAGAAGCGGCAUCCUUACCCGAAGAAACAGCGCGAACGCCAGAUCCAGAUCUAUUUUCAGUGAAACAGAGUUCAGAAAUUCUUAAUCAAAAUGACUUGCCGGAAGUUAGUUCGAACGUGUGUAGGAACGAAGAACCGUCGCGCAUUAUGUUUGAUGGAGAACUCCAGAAACCACUAGCACCAUAUAAUAUCGCGAUGCUCGAACAGGCCACUGGAAAAAAGUCGCUAUUUUUGGAAUCUCGACUACCGGUUGAAGGUGAGGACUUCGAGCGGUCUGAGAGUUCACUAACCGAGGUGACAGAACUACCUACCACCGGAGACGGAACAGUUUCGGAACAAGAGACGCCCGAGGCAAAAUCUUCUCCAAAGGAAAAAGUCGUUGAACAGUUAACGGAAAUGCCGGAUUCGGCGACGGAAAAUUUGUCUAAUACCGCAGCGACCGAUAAUGACGGGCCCCUAGCAUACGCCCAAAAGGUGCACAGUGACUUAACUGAAGCACCGGCUUCUGGUAUGGCACUCGACGCCAAACCAGUGGAGCCAGUGUCAGAGGAAACUGACCCAACGCCCCACGGGGGUAACGGCGGAGACGCCGCAGCGAAUGAAGCAGGAAGAUCUACAAACGAGCUAAAGCACCCAGGUAAACGUAAGUUCUACGCAUUCGAAAGUCGGAGUGAAGAACAAGAAUUAGGCCCAGAUGGACGCGAGAGAAAACCCCAAAAAAGAGACCACGAAAAUGCAGAACACGACAAACAAAACGAAAUGGAAAACGGCAUUGAUCCGGAUGCUGAGAAGGCAGUUGAUGCGGAGGAGGAGAAGGUGAAGGCGGAGAGUGAGGAG